AUGAUAAAGAAUGCCAAUGGAAACACGAAAAUACUGUGGAAAAAUCUCGUCGGGAGUAUUGGAUGUCUCGGCCUGCUCGGUGUUUUUUAUACAGCCAUUUGUCUAUUCGGAUUAAAGCUCUUCCUUUUCAUUCGCUCAUCACUCGUCAGCGAGCGAACGAAACGAAUGAAUUAUCAAUUGAUGGAAUUGUUUCUCAUUCAGGCGCUUGUGCCUCUCUUCUUUGAAUAUGUUCCUUGUUUCACCAAUGUUGCAGCUGGGCCGCUAGACUUUCCAUAUUACGAAGAUAUUGGCUAUUAUCAACCGAUUUUUGUCUCAUUGUAUCCAUUUAUCGAUUCAACGAUGGUUUUCGUUGGGUUCAGGGAUUACCGUAAUCGUAUCCUUUCCUCAAAGCCCAUUCAAUCUCUUCGAAAUCUCAAACGUUCACGAAUUUUCACUUCAAAAUCCGGCUCACAAUUCCAAAAU